AUGAAUAUUCUCACUCUCAUAUUUGCGUUAUCACUCGAUCUGAUCGUUGUUCGAUCUCGAACUGUGAGUGUAUCAUCGCAAUGCGAUCUCGACUCGGAACAAACCAGAAUCGGACGAUGUGUUCGGCCAUGGCUUGAUCUUUGGGAAAUGAUACGCAUACGUGAGCCUCAGGCAGCAGAUCUCGUUUUUCCCGUUAGUUUGCAACUAUUAUACAUCAUUCAUAGUAGAUCUGCGUCCAUUUCAGCACGUUCGUCUACGGAGUACACUGCACAAAGCAUUAAGUACACUUGA